UAUAUUAAUGGAGGAAUUUAACAAGGAUUAUGGGACUUUUAUUUCUGAUUUUGAAAAGGCUGAGCAAGAACAAUUAGAAUAUCUUCGACUUUAUAAGCAAAUGACUCAAAGCCAAGAAAAUUGCGUCAAAAAUCAAAAACAUCUUUCCUAUCUUUUUAAGCAACUGCGGAAAGACUUUAAAAGUUUACAAGAAUCUAAUUUGAAUGAAGAGGAGAAAAAAAUUUUGACUGAAAAGAGGGCGAGUAUCGACCAAUUUACUUCAAAAUUAGCUGAAAUGCAGAGGGAACUUCCGAUACGGGAGAAUGGUUUCUACCUUUCAACUAUCCUUGGCAGCAAUUUAAACAUUUCUCUUUUAAAUUCUGAUGAAAGGUACAAAUACAAAAAGGAAUACGAAUCUUUCAAAUUAUCUGUUACUUUUGUGAUUCUUGCCAUUUUUGUUUUGGCUUAUAUUCUGCCGCCGUUUAGGAUAAUUGAUGCACUCUGUAAUUUUCUCCUUGUUUGGUAUUAUUGCACUUUAACCAUCCGUGAAUCAAUUCUUCGUCUAAAUGGAUCUCGUAUUAAAGGUUGGUGGGUUUUGCAUCAUUACAUUUCUUGUGUACUUUGUGGAAUUACUUUAACUUGGAGAGAUGGAGAUUGUUAUGAUCAAUUUAGACAUGUUUUUAUUUAUUUUGUUUGUUAUAUUGGCUCUGUCCAAAUAAUUCAAUAUAAAUACCAGACUGGCUGUUUGCGACGAUUACAUGCUUUGGGACAACGUCACUGUAUGGAUGUAACUUUAGAAGGAUUUAGUAGUUGGAUGUUUAAAGGAUUGACUUUCCUUCUACCUUUUUUAAUUGUUGGAUAUGCUUUCCAAGGCUAUUGUUCCUACAGACUUUUUGACAUUUAUUUACAUAAAGAUUGUUCUCGUGAAUGGCAAGUAAUUGUUUUGGCUAUUAUGUUUGCAAUUAUUUUUAUUGGAAAUUCUGUUACUUUGGGCCUAGUCAUUAUAAAGAAAUAUGCCAAAUCGGACCUUUCAAAGCUUCCAAACAAAUAUCGAGAUAAAACGUUAUAAAAAGUUAAACUUUUAAA